GCCGGCUGGUUCCCGAGCGCGUUCCCGGUGACCCCGCAGUGGGUGCGUAGGCGGACCGACAGACUGACCACACGCCGACCGGGGCCAGAAGAAGCGAGCCGGCACCAUGCGCGAGAUCGUACACAUCCAGGCGGGCCAGUGCGGCAACCAGAUCGGCGCCAAGUUUUGGGAGGUCAUCAGCGACGAGCACGGGAUCGACCCCACGGGCAGUUACCAUGGAGACAGCGACCUGCAGCUGGAGAGAAUCAACGUGUACUACAACGAAGCCACGGGUAACAAAUACGUGCCUCGGGCCAUCCUGGUGGAUCUGGAGCCGGGCACCAUGGACUCGGUCAGGUCUGGACCCUUCGGCCAGAUCUUCAGGCCCGACAACUUCGUGUUUGGCCAGAGCGGUGCCGGCAACAACUGGGCCAAGGGCCACUACACGGAGGGCGCGGAGCUGGUGGACUCGGUCCUAGACGUGGUCCGGAAGGAGUCAGAAAGCUGUGACUGUCUGCAGGGCUUCCAGCUGACCCACUCCACCUUCAUCGGCAACAGCACGGCCAUCCAGGAGCUGUUCAAGCGCAUCUCGGAGCAGUUCACGGCCAUGUUCCGCCGCAAGGCCUUCCUGCACUGGUACACGGGCGAGGGCAUGGACGAGAUGGAGUUCACCGAGGCCGAGAGCAACAUGAACGACCUGGUGUCCGAGUACCAGCAGUACCAGGACGCCACGGCCGACGAGCAGGGGGAGUUUGAGGAGGAGGAGGGCGAGGACGAGGCCUGAGGCCGCCGGAGGCCGCGUGGCUGGAGGCCGGGCGGAGGGCGAGGGGGAGGGGGGCUCGCGGAAGGA